CUGUUAUAAAUAUGAGUCAAAGUAUAUCUUUUUAGUAAUAACUUUUAAAACCAAAUAUAUUCACUAAACCUAAAUUUUGUUUUAGGUUUAUAUUAUAUUAAAUAUUUUUAGAUUCUUAUGUAAAAAAAAUAAACUAAAUUUUAGUUGACCGGAUAUACUGUUGGCAGACAUGUUGAUUUGUCAGGAGGCGAUUUUGUCAAUUAUUCGUCAAAAGUAUUUUGUUUAGAAAGAUUUGUACAAAAUUAUAUAGUAAAAAUCUAGUGAUAACGUGCUGUGUACCGUGAUAAUAGUAUAAUGUUUGAUAUAUAUUUACUUUAUUAGAUUUAAUAAGAAGAAACUUUUUGGUCCUUCGUAGAUAUCGUUCGACGGACCUUCACCUCGUCUGAACGUGUUAUAAUGAAUCCGCUUUGCUCUUAUACGACUUUGACGUGCCAGUUAACAUGAAAGGAAAUUAUAUUUAGGCCGUGAAUAUUAUAGUGUUUGUUUGUGUAUUUACGUUUUGGAUUAUUGUAUUGUGACGUCAACCGGCUGUGAGGUGAAAAAUCUUAGUAUUCGUGCAGUUUGCGAUAUGAUAAAACUUUAUCUAUACCUGAUAGCUAUGAUUUAGAUUGGUGCCUCAUUUCUUAGUGUAGACUCAAGACAUAUAAUAUAUUUUUUAAGUGUUUAGUUUUGUGAUAUUACGCUUGAUUAGCUCAUUAAGGCCUCCCUUCACGGGGAAGAAAUGCAAGUAAACGUGGCGGGGCUAAGGAGAAAUAUUAAGAACCUCGCGCACAACUACUCUGAUGCUCAGGUAAAAGUGCGCGAAGCGACAUCGAACGACCCAUGGGGCCCAUCCAGCACUCUGAUGGCGGAUAUCGCCGACCUCACCUACAACGUGAUGGCCUUCACCGAGAUCAUGCAGAUGAUCUGGAAGCGCCUCAACGACCACGGCAAGAACUGGCGACACGUGUACAAGGCCCUGGUCCUCAUGGAGUACCUCAUUAAGACCGGCAGCGAGAAGGUGGCCAUGCAGUGCAAGGAGAACAUCUUCGCCAUACACACCCUCAAGGACUUCCAGUAUAUGGAGGAGGGGAAGGACCAAGGUCUAAACGUGAGAGAGAAGGCGAAACAGCUGGUGCACCUGUUGAAAGACGAGGAGAGACUGAAGAAUGAGAGAGCGCGCGCUCUCAAAGCGAAACAGCGCUUCGCUCAGACGGCCAGCGCCUUCGGCAGCGAUGGCGCGCUCGACACGCCCUCGAGCCCCACCUAUCCCGCGCUAAGCGGCAGCGGCGAAUGGGCCAGCGGCGGUCCCGGGAACGGCCGAGAGUCGGAGUUGGCACGGCCGCUGACGGCGGGAGAGGAGGAGCUGCAGCUGCAGCUGGCCCUGGCCAUGUCCCGCGAGGAGGCCGAGCGGGAGGAGAAGCGGCGAAGGUCGGACGACGUUCGGCUGCAGCUCGCGAUCAGUCAGUCGCAGAACGACUUCCAGUCACCCGGAGCGACAGGCGGUGAGAAAAAGCCCGCGAGCAACGGUCAAUCUCACCUGCUGGACCUGCUGGACGUCUCGCUGGGACCUCCUCAGCCGACCGUCGACCCCUGGGGCCUGCCGGGGGAGAAACCUAAACCGCCUGAUACGUUGGAUAUCAGUAUAUUUACGGAUUCGAUGGACACGAGUUCCGAGGCGUGGUCGGGCGUGAACAGUCCGGCCCGGGACCCUUGGGCUCCGGCCGCCCCCGACGCCGACCCUUGGGCCCCGCUGGCACAGAGCAAGAGUCCGAUUUCCGUGAUUUCCUCUCCGUCUUCGGACUUGGAGCAGUUCGACGCUUUGUCUCAGAGACAGAAAACGCAGAACAACCACGAGCAAGAUCCCUUCGACCUCUCCGGGCUGGGUGGCAAACUGAGUCCGCCCAUAUCCAGCGGCACGGGCGCCAUCAAGAAGUCCCCGUCGGCCUUCCUGGGCGAGAACUCGUCUCUGGUGAACCUGGAGCGUCUCCUGCAGCCCGCGGCCGCCGCGCCCCCAGCCGCGCCGAACCCCUUCGCCCCCCUCGGACCCCUCGGACCCCAAGCGCCCGAGACCCCGAGACAGAUGUUCGCGCAGCCGCAGCCGGCAAAACUAUCAAUAAACGAAAUCAAGCAGCAGCAAAUGGGUCUGGCUUCCAACAUGAACUUCCCCAGCUCCUCGCCCGCCUUCAACGCGCCUCUGAACAUGUCCGCCCCCAUGCCUCCUCUGCCCAAUAACAUGGGGUCGAUGCCGACGAUGCCCCCCUUGGGGAGCACUAUGCCCCCGUUAGGUAGCAAUAUGCCGCUUGGCGGGGUUCCACUCUCCGGAGCGCCUUUAGGUGCAGCCGACCCGUGGUCCCCGUCCGGGGCUCGCGCUGCGUCUCCGUGGUCUCCGCCCCCCGCCCGCCACACGCCCAACCCUUUUCUUUCCUAGCCACGGUUUGAGGCCGGAGCGACCCGAAGCCGGUCGUGAUGCAGAGAGGCGUGGCGUGAGCGACGAACGGACAGACACCGCGCCAGUGCUACAGCUAUUUUUAUAUUUACCUGAUUAUUUAUUCACUGCGUCACCGUUCACCGCACUCACUCGCCAGGGUUGCCCGCGGACGUCGGGCGGUUCGAGAGUUUACUUCUUAAGUGUCCAAUAUUUUGGGAACCCUAAGCUUCUUCGAUUAUUUCAAACCCUCCCGACGCCGUCGUGUCGUUAAGAAGUGACCGACGGAUUCGGGAACUUAAAUCCCUUUCUCUUUAUCGCCUUCUCUAAUUGUAAAUAAAGCCGAGUGUCCGACUAUGAAGAACACCAAUUAAGAUAACUUAACUCGCAAAAUGGUUGUUAACCGCUCGGAAAUCGCAGAUAACGUUCGAUCGGUAAUAUUAUAGGGUUUAAUGUAAAUGACUAGUUUUAACGAAUAGCAAUAUACAAGUCCAGAACGACUCGGCCUUUAUCAGUUUCGAGGAAGUCGGCGGCUGCGCUUUCGUAAGCGUCAAUCAUUACUUUUGUUUCUCGCAGCCUGCGUAUUGGGCCCUGCAGAGAAAAAAACGUCCUCCCUCAAAGCCCCCGCCGUCGUGGGUGUCUGGGGGCCGUGGGGACCGGAGAUCCCGUCGGCUCGUUUGCUCCUUUAAGAAAACCAGUCUCGUAGAGACGCCCCGCCUCCGCCGACGUCCUCACGAACGGGAAGAAGUCAACGUGCCUUAAACACUCCUCUCAACUCGCUUCACUCCCGACUCUCGUAAUAGGACUGAUUACCGUAAGCUAUUAGUUUGGCCCGGAGCUCCCUGUGUUACGCCGCACGGAGUAAUUUCGAUUAAGGCCUUCACUCGUCUCGGCAGAAAUUGCUUUUGUCAAAUCGUCAGACUCGUCACGAGCGAGACCGGUAUUCUAAAACAUUUUCUUUUAUACAAUUUUGAGUGAAUGUGAAAUUCUAUAUGUUGUGUGGAAAAUCGCUAGUUUUUAAUAAAUUAGGUUUCACGCUUACGUUUUAGAAUACGGGUCUAAAUCGUGUUUGGAUUAUGUUUGGUACUUGUAACCUCGCCCACAAACAAACUUUGUUAAUCUGCGGAAAAUCGUCGUUUAAUAUUUAGUUAGAAAUGUCAGUAUUUUAAUUAAGCUUAUUGUUUUUCUGUAACGACGCGCCUUUAUAUUUUUUUUACGAUUUGUAGUCUGUGCUAAUUUACCUUCGGUAUUUUCGUUUUAUGAAGUCAUAGAUCAAAUUCGAUUUUGGAACGUCAAGUCGACGGCCGCCAUAUUGUUCGGGGCUAAAAUGGCGGGAAUAUGCUUAUGUAAUUGUUUGAGAAUAUAUUACGUAAAUUCUUUGUAUAUGUUUUUUUUUGCUUAUUACAUUUUUAUGAGUAGCGGUUUUAUGGUUAUCGAUUAUUGUUUAUCAGUUAUUUAGUUAAAUUAUUAUUUUAAUAUAUUAUUAAUUUUGACCAAUAAAAUGCAUCGACGCUAAUCCAAUGUCAUUUAGCUAGGGGAACUGUAAAGAUUAUUGUAACUAUUUAAUUAAAAUAUAUAAGUUUUUCAGUAAA